UACUGCAUAAGUGCAUAUUACAUUAAGAAUCUACGAUACACGAUAUCGGGUAAAUACUAAAAUAAAUAAAUAAAUAAAUAAAUAAACGCGGGAUCCGGAGAUCUUCAUGAACUCAAAAAUUGUGUGGCUACCCCAUUUUGCAACUUCAAUCAGGGGAAAAAAAAUUAAAAAUAAAAAUUUGAGUCUUGACAGCAAAAAAGGAAACCUUUUUAAUUUUUGGAUUUUCCAUUUUUUUUGGCUUUCUCUUUCAAAGUAAUUCAUACCAAACGUAACGGAAAUACCAUCGUCCCUGUUCUUUCUCUCUCUCUCCUCUCUCGGCUGUUGCUGUCGAAUUCCUUUGAACAAUUUCUGAGAGAGAAUACAGAGAGAGUAAGAGAAGGGGGGAAGAAUUCAAUAUCCAAACAAAUUUCGCAAAAAAUAUUGGGAUUUUUCACAAGUUACAACGUGAAAGGAGCCACCUUUUUGAGUUUUUUAGAUUUUUUUGGAAAUACCCAUGUUCGGAAAAUUCUCAAGAAUCUCAAAUUAAUGAAUAUUUGAUUGGUUUUAGAUGUGUAAUCCACAUUUUUCCCUUGAAAAAGAGCCAAGGUUUUGAAAAGAAUUUGGCUUUCAAAGGGUUUUGAAUUUCGCAUUGGAUUGGAUUGAAUUGGGUUUAUUUUUUGGUUUUGGGGCAAAAAAUUGUCAAUGGUGAUGUCGUCAGAUAAUGUUAAGGGGCUUGUGUUGGCUGUUUCUUCGAGUAUCUUUAUUGGGUCAAGCUUCAUCAUUAAGAAAAAAGGUCUCAUGAAAGCUGGGACAACUGGGACUAGAGCAGGAUCAGGAGGCCAUUCAUACCUGUAUGAACCUUGGUGGUGGACAGGAAUGAUUGCAAUGAUUGUUGGGGAGAUUGCUAAUUUUGCAGCAUAUGCUUUUGCACCUGCAAUUCUUGUUACUCCUUUGGGAGCCCUUAGUAUUAUCUUCAGUUCAGUUCUAGCUCAUUUUAUCCUUAACGAAAAAUUGCACAUAUUUGGUAUGCUUGGUUGUGUUCUCUGUGUGGUCGGUUCGACCACUAUUGUCUUACAUGCCCCACACGAGAGGGAUAUUGAAUCUGUUAAGCAAGUAUGGACGCUUGCCACAGAGCCAGGUUUUCUUGUGUAUGCUGCCAUUGUUGUUGUGAUGGUUAUUGUACUCAUUUUCUACUUCGUUCCACGUAAUGGGCGGACACAUAUGGUUGUGUAUAUUGGAAUUUGCUCCCUCAUGGGCUCUCUUACGGUUAUGUGUGUCAAAGCUGUGAGUAUUGCCUUAAAGUUGACUUUUGAGGGAAAUAACCAGUUCAAAUACUUCCAAGCAUGGUUCUUCACCAUUGUUGUAAUUAUUUGCUGUCUCUUGCAAAUUAAUUACUUGAACAAGGCUCUGGACACCUUUAACACUGCUGUUGUUUCCCCCGUCUACUACGUCAUGUUUACUUCGCUCACCAUCCUUGCCAGUAUGAUCAUGUUUAAGGAUUGGGACUCACAAAAUGGUUCACAAAUAGCUACAGAAUUGUGCGGAUUUGUAACCAUUCUGUCUGGGACAUUUCUGCUUCACAAAACCAAGGACAUGGGAAAUACUCCAGCAGCAACACCGCUUGCUGCAGCUGAACUUUCUAGGCAAUAUAGCGUCAAUUGCAAUCAUGAAAAUUCAAGACAUUCUGACUGCAAUGCUAGCCCAGACCGCAAUUUCAGAGAGUAAGCUCGAUUUUUUGGAGAUUCAACAAAUAUUUUGCCGGUUGUCCCUUGGAACUCAACGGGACAGAUGAUACCUUGUCUCUUGGAGCACAACGUUCGGGCUUGAAAUGUUAUCACAUUACAGAAUGGCCAGUUUUUUCGUUUUUGGCUCAAGUGCAGACCAAUUUCUGAUAAAAGGGUAUAUAUAUUCAUAGCGGAAGGGCUCUUAUUAUUUGUAGGGAUACGGCUAAGAGCAUCAUUAUUGGUGAACACAAAAAAAUGGUUCAUGGGUCACUAUCACCAUUUCUCUCUCAUCCACAUCAACCCAACAAACCAUUUACAAUAUUCACUCUUAACAAUGAACACUAAACAAUGGUUCAUCAUCAAUACUCCCUAC